CUGCCUGAUGAACGCCUCUCCACUGAAAACCAAUCACUCGUAUUGUAAACAAAUCGCUAAUCAAUCGCUUGAUUCACUCGUUUUGGUGGCACGAAAAGAGAGACAAUGCCUUUACAGACCACACCGAUGGCCAGUCCUACCGAAGAGCAACAGGAGAAGCUGUUGGACGAGUCGCUGGGCAUCGUUAAGGUCCAGUCCUUUCAGAUGAAGUGCUGUCUCGAUAAAGGUAAACUCAUGGAAGCGCUAAAACACGCGUCGAAUAUGUUGUCUGAAUUGCGGACAUCACUGUUGUCCCCGAAGUCCUAUUACGAGCUCUACAUGUCUGUCACGGAUCAGUUGAGACAUCUGGAGAUGUAUCUGUUGGACGAGUUCCAGAGGGGCCGCAAAAUGGCCGACUUGUAUGAGUUGGUCCAA